ACGUAACUUCUUUUUUGGUAUAAAUAAAGUGUUUGGUUUGUAUAUUUAAAUACCUCUUUAGCAAGAUGUCAGAGAAGAGCGUUCAUCUUCCUCAGGAACUGAUUGUUAAAAUACUAUUAAGGGUGCCGGUGAAGACUGUACUACGAUGCAAGUGCGUCAGUAAGUCCUGGCUUUCUCUCAUUUCUAAUCAUGAUUUUGCAACUUCACAUUUUCAACUUGGUGCCACACCCACACAGAAACUUGUUUGCUUACGAAGUUAUUCUCGUGAAACCAUAUCAAUAGAUUUUAAUGCAUCGCUUAAUGAUGAUUCAUCUUAUGCUUCGCGAAGCCUUGAUUUUUUGAGUGGUGGACCUUGUCAUAAAAUUAGAGGCUCGUGUAGAGGGUUUUUGCUCUUUCAUGGAGAUACAAACUUCUGUGCAUGGAAUCCAUCCACGGGUGUUCACAAACAAAUACCCGAGUCUCCAAUAGCUAUUCCCUCCACUGCUGAUUGUUAUUCAAGGAUUCUGUGUGGCUUUGGAUACGAGUCAUUGGCGAAUGAUUACUUAGUAGUUUUGUUGUCCCGCGACAGCUAUGAUUCCUAUGAUAGUUUGAUUUACUUGCAAAUUUUCUCAUUGAGAGCUAAUAAGUGGAAACUAAUGGAGUUUGGUUCUCAUUUUCCUUAUUGUAUUAGUAUCACCCAAUUAGGGUUGCCCUUGAAUGAUGCUAUUCAUUGGUUGGUUUAUAGUUUUGAGACCCACAGAUAUGUUAUUGUUGCCUUUGAUUUAAAGGAAAUGAAAAUGUCAGUGAUAGAUCUGCCAGAUGUUUUGGAUAACUAUACUUGUUGUAUAGUAUAUGACCUCUUGGUCCUUGGGGGACUUCUUGGUGUAUGGAAUGUGGAGUUGCCUGCAGUUGACAUAUGGAUGAUUCAAGAAUAUCCAACUUAUUCAUCGUGGUCUAAGACUCAUUCUUUUUCUCUGGAUUCAUACUUUUCCCCAAUAUGCUUUGCAAAUUGUGGUUAUCUGAUUGGAAUAGAUGAUGAAGGUGGAUUGAUCAAGUUUAAUGACAAAGGACAGCUUCUAGAGCGUCACUCCAAUGGUAACUCCUCCUAUUGUAACUUUUACUUUGGAAGCCACACAAUGAUUGUAUACAGAGAGUCUCUCUUUUCACUUCCUAACGGCUCCGAGCAAACUUAACGAGAUGACUAGUGAUAGCAAACCAUAAGAACAUGAUUGUGGAAUAUUUGUUCUAUGAGAAAUAAUAGGCAAAAUAGUAAAACUGAAUGAUGCCAGUAUAGGAUAGGAUUGACAGUAGAGUUAGUUGAUGAACUUCAUCAUCUUUAUCUUAUUUCAUCAUUAUGUUCUUUCUUGUUGCAGUAUUUGAUAAUACCAACUUGCUUAUAUCCGUUGUUCUCUUUUAAUAACUUGUUUCCUUUCAUUAUUUUAAUGGUGUUUUAUUUGAAGCAUUGCUAUAUACUGACCCACACUU